CCGAGACGGCCGUCCCGCGACUUGUUAAAGUAAUGAUGUUUACAAAACAAGUAACCAAAUACGUGUUACAACCGCGUAUCUGAAACUUCCUCUACUAGAGAAAACUCAUUAGAUAUAUUUAAUGUAGUGCGAUGGGCGAAUUCACAGUGAGAAAUGCGUCCAAAAUAUACUUUUUGUUGAUCUGCAACUUGUUUAGGGUAGUCCUAUGUACGGGACUAGGGAAAUGUCCCGUUUACCCUCAAAUACCGGACUUCGAUAUAAGAAGAAUGACAGGCACGUGGUAUGAAGUGGAGCGAUCGUUCUACCUGAUGGAACUGUCGGCCAGUUGCACAGAGCUUAACGUCACCCUCAAUGACAGGGGGUACCUGGUCAUCACCAUAAACACGGUUAAUAGAUGGUUAGGUAAUCCAUCAACUACGUACGGCAUCGGCAUCCCCAGUUUCAGCGGCUCCUCCGUGUUCCGGUACAAGGUGAACAACCGUAUGCCGUACAUCAUUGGACGGCUGUUACCCGGCGCCGGCCAGUACAACGUGCUAUCCACAGACUACGACCAGUUCGCACUUGUCUGGUCCUGUAGCAGUUUGAGUGUUGCGCAUUCCGAUCGCAUAUGGGUGUUGGGACGGCACCGCGAGAUAGAGGCGGCGUUACGCGCACAGAUCUACGCCAGUAUGGUGAAGAUGCGACUAGACCCCGACCGCCUCGUCAUAUCCAAAAACAAUAACUGUACUCACAGAUCAUUGAACACAAUAAAUUAGCUAUGCAAUUGUCAAUACAAUAGUGUACUUUUCAAUAUAGUUUUAAACCAAAUACGGUUAUACCAAACU